AUGAAAAUCGAUUGGCCGAAAGUCGAUCAGCCGGACGUGGUCUUCUCGCGCUUUGCGAGCCGCAGAUCAGUCCCGCUCGCCGUAGAGGCCGGCCUCGAGAUCCUGAGGAAGGGCGGUAAUGCAGCCGACGCCGCGGUGGCCACUUCGGCUACACUCAACGUCACCGAACCUUGUUCUUGCGGCAUUGGCGGCGAUGCGUUUUGCUUGUUUUACGACGCCAAGGAGAAAACGGUCAAGGCAUUCAAUGGCUCCGGUCGCUCCCCGGCGAGCCUCACCAUCGAACAGCUCCGCAACCAAGGUGUCAACGGCAACUCUAUCCCUGCCACCAACCUCAACUCUGUCACCGUCCCUGGCUGUGCUGCCGCCUGGGUCGAUACGGUGGAACAGCUUGGGAGCGGCAAGCUUUCGAUGGCCGAGAUCCUCGACCCCGCCAUCAGGCUUGCAGAGGGAGGGCCACGGAUGAAGAUGUGGAAUCUCGCACAGACCUUCCGCGAGGUCGCUAAACACGGCAAAGACGGAUUUUACAAGGGUCGCAUUGCCGAGGCUAUCGUCAAGCUUAUAACGAGUAACGGCGGUGUGAUGACUCUCGAAGACCUCGCUAAUCACGAGACCGAUUUCGUCGAGCCCAUCAAAUACACCUUCAACGAGGAAGUGACUGUGUAUGAAUGCCCGCCCAACGGCCAGGGUCUUACAGCGCUAAUCGCUCUCGGCAUCCUGGACAAUCUGGAGGCGUCGGGAAAAAUUGGAUCCUUGCUGGAGAUGGAACAUAACUCGGCCGAGUACCUUCAUGUUCUUGUCGAAGCUAUGCGCCAGUACUUUGUCACUGAUCCCAACUUUAGCAACAUCCCUAACACAUGCUUGCAUGCUCAAACUUUGUAUCAGGAAUAUCUUACUUCUCGGGCAAAACUUAUUGACACCACGAAGUCAAACCCCAAAGUUGUCCAUGGGAACCCUGUUCACUCCUCUGACACGGUCUACUUCACCGUGUCGGAUCAGUGGGGUAACGCGUGCAGCUAUAUCCAGAGCAACUAUGCGGGCUUUGGCACUGCCGAGGGCGGUAAGCGUCCGUACCACACCAUCAUCCCCGCCAUGGCCCUCCGCGGGGACGAGCUCUUCCUCUCGUACGGCGUCAUGGGCGGCUUCAUGCAGCCGCAGGGGCACGUCCAGGUGCUCCUCAACAUCCUCCGCGGCUUCGGCGUCCAGGCCGCGCUCGACGCCCCGCGCUUCUGCAUCUCCGCCGGCAGCCCCGAGACCGAGGGCACGUCCACGGGCGAUCCGGGGACAUCAACAGCGAGGUGCAUGGGACACGACGCAAGGGUCGCCAAGGGUCUCCAGCGGGCGCUGUUCGGGCGCGGGCAGGUCAUCCAGAAGCUGAACGACAAGUCGGGCACCCUCGUGUGGGCGGCCGGGUCGGAUCCCCGUGCUGACGGUCAUGCCUCGGCGCAAAUUUGA